AUGCCCUCUCCGCCGCCCGCCUGGGUCCAGGACCUCAAGCCGUCGGGCCCGCAGGGGUCCGAGCUGCUCCAGCAGGAACGCGCACAGUCAAACGUCAACGUCGCGAAGCUGUCUGAGUUGCUGCACACCAAGGAAGCCCUGCAGCGACAGCAGAAGCUCCUGGCCCUGCUCCAGCCCGAAAAGGUCUUUGACAAGUCCCAGAACCACUCGCUUGGCCGCGUUGAGCGCCUCCAGCGGUCCCUGGCCAAGGCCAAGCGUCUGCAACAGCUGUCCGAGCAGCACAAGUGGUCCAUGGAGGAGCUCCAUGCUGCCAAUGAUCUGAUCGGCGAGCCCACUCCCUACGGGCUGCACGCGAGCAUGUUCCUGGUCACCCUCCGCGAGCAAGGAACACCGGAGCAGCACAAGCUCUUCCUAGAGCGCGCCCAAAAGUAUCAGAUCAUUGGCUGCUAUGCCCAGACGGAAUUAGGCCACGGGUCCAACGUGCGUGGUCUCGAGACCACCGCCACCUGGAACCCAGAGGACAAGACCUUUACCAUCCACUCGCCAACCCUGACGGCUUCCAAGUGGUGGAUUGGGUCCCUGGGUCGCACGGCAAACCAUGCCGUUGUGAUGGCUCAGCUGUUCAUUGGUGGCAAGAACUUUGGUCCCCAUCCCUUCGUGGUGCAGGUCCGGGAUCUAGAAACCCAUCAACCGCUGGAGAACGUCUAUGUCGGAGAUAUUGGGCCCAAGUUCGGCUACAACACUAUGGACAACGGAUUCCUGCUGUUCAACAACGUCAAAGUCCCCCAUGUCAAUAUGCUGGCCCGCUUCUCCAGCAUUGACAAGGACACAGGAAAGUACGUGAGGCCCGCUCUGCCAUCCUUGGUAUAUGGCACCUUGACAUGGGUACGGUCGAACAUUGUGCUGCAGGCCGGCGGGGUGCUCGCUCGCGGUGUGACUAUUGCGACCCGGUACUGUGCUGUCCGGAGACAGUUCCAGGACCGCGAUGCCGAGGCCCAUGCUGGCGAAAACCAGGUCCUUAACUACAAGAUGGUGCAGGUCCGCCUGCUUCCACUGCUGGCGUCCAUGUACGCGUUACACUUCACGGGUCGCGGCAUGAUGCGAUUGUAUCAGGAAAAUCAAAACCGCAUGAAGGCAGCCAGCUCGCCGGGCCAGGAUUCCCGCGGGGCUGGCCCGGAGGAGCUUCGCGCUGGGGCCGAUUUACUGGCCGAUCUUCACGCCACGUCGUGCGGUCUCAAGGCGCUGGCCAGUACCACAGCCGGAGAAGGCCUGGAGAUCUGCCGUCGAGCCUGCGGAGGCCACGGAUACAGCAGUUACAGCGGCAUUGGGCCGUGGUACGCAGACUAUCUGCCCACGUUGACCUGGGAGGGUGACAACUAUAUGUUGACCCAACAGGUCGCUCGCUACCUGUUGAAAUCUGCUCGUGCGGUCUUGAGCGGAAAGCCUUCCGGCAACGACACCAGCCGCAUUCUCCAGACCUACCUCGACCGACGAGAGAAGGGAGCCUCCUUUGACGUGCUGGAGGAGGAUGCGGAUAUUGUAGCAGCCUUCGCCUGGCGGACUGCCCAUCUGACAUUCGAGGCGCUGAAGCAUCGCGAUGCCGAGAAGCGCUCGUGGAACAGCCUCCUGGUUGACUUCUGGCGCUUGUCGACCGCUCACUCCCAGUACCUGGUAGUCAAGAACUUCUACGAGUCCGUCUCUUCCCCGGAGCUGUCGGCAUCCCUGGACCCGGAGACCAAGACCUUGAUGCACCAACUGUUCCGCCUGUACGCGCUCCAUACCCUUGAGCGUGAGGCCGCCGAAUUCUUCUCGUCAGGUGCCGUCACGGUGCGCCAAAUCACUCUCACGCGCACCACGGCAGUGAUGAAGCUGUUGGACGAGAUCAGACCGCAUGCCAUCAGCUUGGUCGAUGCCUGGGCCAUUCCUGACUGGCAGCUUGAUAGCAGUCUGGGCCGGUAUGACGGCAAGGUCUAUGAGGACCUGUUCCGCCGUGCCAGCCAGGAGAACCCGGUCAAUGAUCUGGUAUUUGACCCAUACCCGUGGAAUGAGGCACUCCUCAAGAGCCAACCGCCUAAGAGCAAACUGUAG